GAUAAAAACUGACAGCACAGUCAGUUCAAAGUCAAACUUUGAACUCUUCGUCAAUAACACUAUAUUAUAGUAUUACUUAUUUUGGUAAUUAAUUAACCGAAAAUGGUCGGAGGAUUAGUUGCAGGACGACUUGCGUUAGUGACCGGGGCAGGCUCAGGUCUUGGCCGUGCAGCAUGCCAGGUGUUGUCCAGAGAAGGUGCUACUGUCAUAGCAGCUGACAAAAACUAUAAUGCUGCUGUAGAAACUAUUAAGACCCACACUGCUUUAGCUUCAGGUGCCAACGAUCAGGAUCACAUGGCGGUAGAAUUAGAUGUCUCAGACUCAACUGCUGUGAGGAACCUGUUGGACACGGUAAUGAAACAGAGCAAAGUACCGCCUACAAUAAUAGUCAACUCUGCUGGCAUCACAAGAGACAACUGGCUAUUGAAACUGUCCGAACAAGAUUAUGAUAGUGUACUUAAUACUAAUUUAAAGGGUACUUUUCUAGUCAUGCAAACAUUUGCAAAGGCGAUGACAGAAGCAGGGCUUCCCGGCUCUAUUAUUAAUAUUUCUAGUAUCGUUGGCAAAUACGGAAACAUGGGUCAAACAAAUUAUGCUGGCAGCAAAGCUGGAGUGGUCGCGAUGACACAGUCAGCUGCUAAAGAAUUAGGAAAAUAUAACAUAAGAGUAAACGCAAUUCUACCUGGUUUCAUAGACACCCCUAUGGCGAAUGCAGUUCCUGAAAAAAUCCUACAGGGAAUGUUAAAAAUGGUUCCCCUAGGCAGAUUGGGGCAUCCUAGUGAAAUUGCUGAAGUGAUCGCCUUCUUGGGCUCAAACAAGAGUUCCUUUGUAACAGGAGCGGCCAUUGAUGUAACUGGUGGAUUCUAGAUAAAAAAACAAUUAUUGAAAUGUUAUCAUUUUUUUAUAACAAAAUUCUGCAGGUCAUGAAGGAGAAAACAUGGCCAGGAAUUACUUAAAA